AGUGGACUAGUCAACCUUUGACCCAAAAAAGGAAGUUGCAUGCCCAAAGAGUUGCAGUCAGUGAAGUUGCAUGAAAACUUGUGUAAACUCAGGCGUGAGGUCUAAAUUUUGGUUCCAAUUUACUUCAGAAUGAAUGGGAAACUGGUUACAAUACUUCAGAUCUCAGAUUCAGCUUUUCCAACUGGAGGGUUUUCACACAGUGUGGGUCUAGAAGCAGCCAUCAAAUUAGGCAUUGUCAACACCACAGAAAACUUCAAGCAAUUCACCGUACAGUGUAUGGAGAAUGCAGGUUCUUUCAGCCUACCUUAUGUGACAGCUGCAUACCACAGCUGCAUGGACCAGGACAGACUCACGGACCUGGACUCCAGGUGUCAGGCUUGUCUCAACAACCAUGUGGCCAACCGAGCCAGCAUCAGACAGGGGAAUUCCUUGAUUGUGACAGCAGCCAAGAUAUUCCCUGAUGAACAGAUCAGAAGAAUAGAGACAUUACUAGAACAGGACAGACUCCAUGGUCACUAUGCUGUGAUGUUUGGUUUCCUGAGUGCAGUGUUACAGCUGGACCUUCAUCAGGCUCACCAGAUGUUUGUGUUUGGGGUGCUGAGAACUAUAAUAGCCAGUGCUGUCAGGUUAGGCAAUGUUGGAACCAUUGAGGCUCAAAGAAUUCAGUUUGAGCUGCAGCAAGGUGUGGAUAACAUAAUCAGAAGGAACCUGAGGCGUGCAGUGGAGGAAGCUUGUGUGACCUUCCCCCUGGUAGACAUCACACAGAACACACAUGACACCAUGUUUGCCAAACUCUUCCACUCCUAACAUCAGGAUAUUUCUGAAACACCGUAAGACUGUAUCUGAUUAAG